CAGCCCCGUACUACUAUCCCCGCUACCGCUAGCCGCCGCGCUGCUCAUCUGGUGGCGGCUCGCCUCCCUCCCCCCAUCCGCCGCCGCCGGCUCCUCCUCUAGCUCCCUCCUUACCCCGAGCUUUAAGCUCGUGCUACCUGCCUACCUAUCCGUAGGGAGAGAGAGAGAGAGGGGAGAAGGUUCGGUCGGUCGGUCGGGGGCUCUCGGAUCUCGCCGCUGCCUCCCCGUUUCUUCGUUGGGAUCUCGCUCGCUUCGCGCCAUGGCCGCCGUCGCGACGCCACCGGCCCCCGCGCCCGCCGCGCCGGCACCGGCACCGGCACCGGCUGCUGCUCCGGCUCCCGUCACCGUCGCCCCUGCCGCGGACCAAACCACGGAUCUGCUGCAGAAGUUGUCGCUGGAUUCGCAGCCCAAGGCGGCGGGUGCGACAGAGCCUGCUGCUGCUGCCGCCAAGGAGGGUGCUGUGACAAGCCAGCCGCUGAGUGUGGCCAUCCCGCCGGAGCGGUCUAUCACGCCGGUGCUUCAGGACUUUAUGGAUCCCAACCUGUUCUAUCUACCAGCGUAUUACUAUGGAGGCUACGACAGUUCCAUGAGCGAGUGGGAUGAUUAUCCAAGAUAUCUAAAUUCAGAUGGAGUGGAGAUUGCCCCAGCAGUGUAUGGAGAUAUUUAUGGAUAUGGGUAUGCUCCUUACGGGGCAUACUCUCCGGCCACUUCCCCAGUUCCAACGGUUGAUGGUCAGAUGUUUGGCGCACAGCAUUACCAGUAUCCAACCACGUAUUUUCAGCCUCCUACACCAAUUCCUUCUACCACUCAAAGCAACCUCCAGUCUUCCAACAAUCCUGAAAAGCCAGCAGCUAAAGCAGAUCCUGCCAAGGCAACCGCUAAUGGUGUUCCAAAUGGUACUGGUCACACUCACAGUUACAGUGGAACUGUACCAAGCCAACAAAGUUCAGCACUGACGCCUGAUGGAACUUAUAGGGCGCCCUUGCUAGGUGGAGUUCCUUCUGCUGGUUACCUAGACACGACAUAUUAUGGGUAUGACAGCACAGGGGCACAAUUUGCAUGGUAUGAUGGCUCUGCUUAUGCAAAUGGACAGCAAAGAACAACCACAACUAAUCGUUUUCCAUCCUCGUCAUUCAGUGGUAAUGGUUCAUCUGCAAUAUAUCAGAACAAGAGCUCCACCACGCAGCAGAUGGGUAUGCAGAAUAGAAGACCUACAACUACAUCAGCAGCUCCUACCUAUCCCAAUAGGAUGUACCCUAGCCCCCGACCGUACACCCAGUAUGGGAAUUCAGUAAAAACUGGUCUUCCCUACGGGAGUAACGGUUAUGAUUCCAGGAUAUAUGGUCGAUGUGGUCUUGGUAAUGGUAUGGAUAACAGGUACAGGCCCAGGGCAUGUAGUGGAUACUAUGGUUAUGGCAAUGAGAGUCAGGAUGGAACAAUUGAGUUAAACAGAGGUCCUAGAUCUGGCCGGUUCAAGAACCAGAAAUUGUACGGUCAUACUGUCACUAUUGCUGUGAAAGGGCAGUCUCUCCCUUCUAGUGAAAGCAAGAAUGAUAGUGCUGUGCCUGAUAGAGCAAAGUACAAUAGAGAUGACUUCCCUGUUCAGUACGAUGCUGCAAAGUUCUUUGUCAUUAAAUCGUACAGCGAGGAUGACAUCCACAAGAGCGUAAAAUACAAUGUGUGGGCAAGCACAACCAACGGAAACAAGAAGCUUGAUGCUGCUUACCAAGAAGCUCAGUCAAAGGGAUCUGCAUGCCCUAUAUUCUUGUUCUUCUCAGUGAAUACAAGUGGGCAGUUUGUUGGUGUUGCUGAAAUGACUGGCGCCGUUGAUUUUGAGAAAACCCUAGAGUAUUGGCAACAGGACAAGUGGAACGGCUCCUUCUCUGUUAAGUGGCACAUUGUGAAGGACGUGCCCAACAAUAUUCUCAAGCACAUCAUCCUGGAGAACAAUGAGAACAAGCCUGUCACAAACAGCCGCGACACUCAGGAGAUACGCCUCGAACAAGGCCUUCAGAUGCUCAAGAUAUUCAAGGAUCAUGUCAGCAAGACUUCCAUCCUCGACGACUUUGCCUUCUACGAGAGCCGCCAGAAGUUGAUGCAGGAUAAGAGGUCGAAACAGCAGCAGCUCCAAAAGCAGGUCUGGGACACUAGGACCCCCGUUUCUGUCACCGGUGAGCGACCGCAGGAACCUGCUAAUGGGAAGCCCAAUCCGUCCGUACCAGAUGGUGUCACGGCAGAGGUGAAGGCGGUGAAGGCUCCCGCAGAGAACGGCAUCACUGCUCCUGUUGUUUCCUAUGCAGCAAAGGUGGCCCAGACAGCACCAGAGAAACCCGUCCUCUCCAACGGAGUCGCCAAGACCGGUUAACUCGAUCGUGCAACCAGAGCUCCAUAGCCAGGAUGCGGUGCAAGGGAACUGGUGACCAACCAAGGCAGGCUGUGGAACUGGCAGCAUGGCCCCAUAAGCGUUGCUCGAUCUCCUCAUCGCUACUGGAUGGAGAGCAGUUGGCUAGUUGUUAGCGGUUUCCCUAGUUUCUCUUCCUCUUGUGUUCCCCGUUUCAGUUUGCUUAUAGCCCCGAAGACUCUUUUCUCCCGUAGUGUCGGAAUGCCAGGGUCUGUCCCUGUGGGUGUGUUGCGUAACUGGGAUCCGAGUAUACCCUGCUGUGUUCGUCGUUACAUUGAAUGGAUCUGAAUGAAAGUGGGUUAGAUUGGAGCUUUUCUUCC